AUGUUACCUUUGGUUCUUCUGGUCCAGGCAAUUUUUUCUUCAUCGAGAUUGGUGCAUAAUAAUGAACGCACAUUUGUCGGCUUAAAGAACAAUAGAACGUAUGAACAUGUUCAUUCAAAAAAAAAAAAGCACAGUGUUUUAUUCCACAUAAGAAAUGUGCAUUUCUCAGGAAGUAUAUGCAAUGAAUUAAAUAAAAAUUGUGGUGGUAAUAAUUGGCUUGGAGCAAAUGCGAAUAACAUGGGAAAAGUACAUAGAAAGAGAAUUGCCUUGGGUUGUCAUUUGAAUGGUAGUAAUCUUGAAGACACAUAUAAUAAAAAAAUAUAUAAUAGUCUGAUGUUAUUAAAAAAUAAUAGAAAUAGAGAUUGUGAAAAGCUAAAGUUGAUAUAUAAAUAUAUUUUCCAUAAUCUUAGUUCAUAUAACUCACAUGAAAUAACAAACAUUUUGUAUUGCACAUAUUUUUUUAGUAUCAUAUUAAAAAAAGAAGAUUUAUAUAGAUUAAUAAAAAGACUCAAACUAUUAACAUUUAAUAAUAACAGAAAAGAGGAUAAUAUUUAUAAUUUAUUUUUGAAUUUGUUAAGAAUAAAGAUACCUAAAGAAAAUGCUGAUAAGAAGAUAAUUUUUAUUUUAAACAAUUUUAUAAAUGACUUGUCCCAUAAUUUGUUAUUAUAUGAUAAUCAAAGUAAGAACUUUUUAAAUUAUAUAUAUUAUAUAAAAGAGAUACAAUUGAUAUAUAAUCAUGAUUUAUGUUCAUGGAUUGAUAAAAAAUAUUUAGAUAAUUCUUGUUUGAACUUUUUGCAAUCCUUUCAAAAUUCAAUAGUAAGACAUAAUCGAAACUUAGACUAUGUUUUCAUAAAUGAAGUCAUAGAUAUUUUGUAUGAACUUAACUGUCAAAUAAGUGAAAUAAAAAUGUAUAAUUAUACUAUUCCAAUUUUUAUAAAAGAUUUAAAUUUGAUAAUAGAAUGUAUAUCUAUGAAAAAUACUUUUGAUGGGACAUUAAUUGUUAUUCCAUAUUUUUUACAAAGAUAUAAGUUAUUUAAAAAAUUAAAUUUUAAAGUCCUACUUUUAUAUAAACAGUUAGUACCUCAAAGAGUAGAAGAGAAAGUAGAAUAUGUUAAGAAAGCAAUAUAUGAUAUAAUAAAAUAG